AUGUAUAUGUACCAGCCGAAUCCAAACGACAUUCGAAGACAUCCUUCCUCACGUAUGUCGUCAUCGGAGAGUGACUACAGAAGACCAAGGACUGUGUACGACCAUAUCGACACCGAAUCAAAGACGUACUUCAUCUUAGUUUCUGCUUUCUAUGGAAUAUACAGAGUAACUUCAUUGCAACAUGGAGAUGUUUGUACAUGCAAUUCACAAAGCCCUUCACCAAAAUCAAGCUCAUCAUCUACAUCCCCAACUGCGGUUCAAACGCUGACUACUUCAACAGUUAAAAGUAAUCUAGAAACGGAUACCAUUCUUUCAGAGACAACAACAACAAAAUCAACAUCUACAACCAAUAAUGAAUUAUCUACUCCUUUAGAAGUAGCAACUACAACAUCAGAACCGACUGAUACAACCGAUAAUGGAACAUACAUCAUUCCAUCAGAUACAACUACCAUUGCACCGAAUUCUACAACCAAUCAAGGAACAAUUACCACUUCAUCAGAUACAAAAACAAUAGUUCCAACUUCUAAAACCGAUAAUGGAACAAUUACCGCUCCAUCAGAUACAGCUACAGUACCGACUACUACAACCGAUAAAAGAACAAAUACCACUCCAUCAGAUACAACUACCACAGUGGCGACUACUACAACCGAUAAAAGAACAAAUACCACUCCAUCAGAUACAACUACCACAGUGGCGACUACUACAACCGAUAAAAGAACAAAUACCACUCCAUCAGAUACAACUACCACAGUGGCGACUAGUUCAACCGAUACAGGAACAAAUACCACUCCAACAGAUACAGCUACAGUACCGACUUUUACAACCGAUGAUGGACUUAAUACCACUCCAUCAGAUACAACUAUCACAGUGGCGACUACUUUAACAGAUCAAGGAACAAAUAUUACUUCCUCAGAUACAACUAUCACAGUGGUGACUUCUUCAACCGAUCAAGGAACAAAUACCACUCCAUCAGAUACAACUACCACAGUGGCGACUUCUUCAACCGAUCAAGGAACAAAUACCACUCCAUCAGAUACAACUACCACAGUGGCGACUUCUUCAACCGAUCAAGGAACAAAUACCACUCCAUCAGAUACAACUACCACAGUGGCGACUUCUACAACCGAUCAAGGAACAAAUACCGCUCCAUCAGAUGCAACUACCACAGUGGCGACUUCUUCAACCGUUCAAGGAACAAAUACCACUCCAUCAGAUACAACUAUCACAGUUGUGACUUCUUCAACCGAUCAAGAAACAAAUAUCACUCCAUCCGAUACAACUACCACAGUUGCGACUUCUUUAACAGAUAAAGGAACAAAUACCACCCCACCAGAUACAACUACCACAGUUGCGACUUCUUUAACAGAUAAAGGAACAAAUACCACCCCACCAGAUACAACUACCACAGUUGCGACUUCUUUAACAGAUAAAGGAGCAAAUACCACCCCACCAGCUACAGCUACAACAAUUUCGACAUCUGGUGCAAUAAAAAGAAGGAAGCGGGAUGCAAACGAGAGCGAACGAUCUGGUUUCUGGAGAAAUGGGCAUUGUGAUUGCAAUAAAAAUGUGUCUUCCAGUUUCAGUGUUGGUAAGAAAUAG